UGCAGGAAUUGAAGCCCAUUUGGCUUCCUGCAUUCUCCUUUUUCCUCUGGAUUUAAGCCUAGCUGUUUUCCCCUCUCCUCUCUUCUUCUGUACCCACUGACUCCUCCCUCCGUAGCUCUCAUGCUCCCUCGCUCACGGACGGACACACUUGAACACAAGCACACAUACAUACGCACACACGCCCUCCUCCCCCAUCGCUGCAGUGUCUCUUAACUGCCUCGAAGCUAGCAAGAGGGGAAAUAGCACACUGACAAUUAUAAGAGGAGGCGAGAGCAAUACCGACGAAAGAGCGCUUGUGAAUGGGUGCAUGCGCGAGAGGAGAUCCAGACAGAUCUAAGGAUGUCCGUGUUACAGGACUAAGGGGAAGGAUUGUGCGCUCCCUCCUUGCCAUCCAGGCGAAUGUUUGUCUGCAGUGUUGCUGGUGAAUGGACAGCAAACAGUGACACGGAACGUGGGCCUUUAGCCGCCUCGCUGGUUUAUGCAAGCAGGAGGAUCUAGACUACAGAAACCCAGAGAAGUCAACGACAACCAAGGCCUGACAUUGCACUGGAGAGAAAGUGAAUGAAGAAAACCAAAGGUGAUACAGAUGAAUCAGUCAGAGAUAAACAGUGAAGCACACUGGACACCAUGAGGGAAGAGAGCGAAGGAAUUUUACGGUUUCGACUUUCUCUCCCAGUCCAUUAAAAUUCAUUGCGUAUAUAUGCUGAUAUGAGCCUCAAGCCUUUGGGAUCACGAAGGCAACCGCAGCCUUAAGCGAGGGCUUGAGUGGGUCUCCCAUCAUGUCUUGGUAGCAUUGCACAUCAAAGUAUUAGCCUCAAAAUUCCAAAAAAAUAGACUCGGACUAUGCAAAUAGUCUAAAUCAAAUCUGACAAAUAAAAGCUUCCUUUAACAUCAGCUCUAUAAACAUAACCUUGCAUACUUUACCAUCCACUUUUCCCACUUCCUGGGAUUACCAACUCCGGUUCAUUCAAACAUGGGGUGUCGGCAAAGUUCAGAGGAGAAGGAAGCCGCCAGGCGCUCACGGCGCAUAGAUCGUCACCUACGUUCAGAAAGCCAACGGCAGCGACGCGAGAUCAAACUCCUGCUGCUCGGCACCAGCAACUCCGGUAAAAGCACCAUUGUGAAGCAGAUGAAGAUCAUUCACAGUGGAGGUUUCAAUCUGGAAGCCUGCAAGGAGUAUAAGCCCCUUAUCCUCUACAAUGCCAUCGACUCACUCACCCGCAUCAUCCGAGCCCUCGCCACCUUGAAGAUCGACUUUCACAACCCAGAUCGGGCAUAUGAUGCGGUUCAGCUCUUCGCCCUCACCGGGCCUGCCGAAAGCAAGGGUGAGAUUACGCCAGAGCUUCUAGGGGUGAUGAAACGUCUGUGGGCCGACCCAGGGGUACAAGAAUGCUUCUGUCGCUCCAACGAGUAUCACCUUGAGGACAACACGGCCUAUUAUCUAAAUGACCUGGACCGUAUUUCUGCGCCAGAGUACAUCCCAACCGUCGAGGACAUUCUGCGCUCACGUGACAUGACCACUGGAAUUGUCGAGAACAAAUUCACCUUCAAGGAGCUCACCUUUAAAAUGGUGGACGUGGGUGGCCAGCGGUCGGAGAGAAAGAAAUGGAUCCACUGUUUUGAGGGUGUGACAGCCAUUAUAUUCUGUGUGGAGCUCAGUGGUUAUGACCUCAAGCUUUAUGAAGACAACCAGACGAGUCGUAUGGCGGAGAGCCUACGUUUGUUCGACUCCAUCUGCAACAACAACUGGUUCACCAACACCUCCCUCAUCCUCUUCCUCAACAAGAAGGACCUGCUGGCCGAGAAGAUCAAGCGCAUCCCGUUGACGGUCUGCUUCGCCGACUACAAGGGUCAAAACACCUACGAGGAGGCGGCCGUCUACGUGCAACGGCAGUUCGAGGACCUGAACCGCAACAAGGAGACGAAAGAGAUCUACUCGCACUUCACCUGUGCCACCGACACCAGCAACAUCCAGUUCGUUUUCGAUGCCGUGACGGACGUAAUCAUCCAAAACAAUCUCAAGUACAUCGGGCUCUGCUAGAACGAGAGGGCAGGCUCGGGAAACGACAAAAAAACACCAAGGCCGCUCCGUCGAUCCGUCCGGGUUCCCGCAAAAACGCUUGUUAAAACAGGAAAGUCGGAUGAGGCCCGGAGGGGAGGGCUACGUGCUGCCAUCCUGUUAGAUUUAUCAAUGUCAAAAACUAAAAGGUCAAGGAGGAUUUUACAAGGUUGCUAUACAUGUGUUUGCACUGAACAUGCGUAUGUCGACACAAACACACACACACACACACAUUAUGUUUGUUCACACAAAACAGACUUUGCAAUGGGAUCAGCUGUCACGCACGUUUAACAUGGAAACACUGGAUACAAAUCUGCCCCUAUCUUCCCUGGGAAACGCCAGGACUUCCUUAUCAGUGCACCCAAAAAUAAAGUACAAUUCUGUGAUACCAUCAUGCUUUUCCUAACCUGGUUGAUUUCCUGCCAUUUGUUUGAACAGAAAAUGAGAUGUUAGGCAGUUCCCUUUGCUUUUUGUCUUAUAACGACAGUAAAUGAUGACCAGGGGCUGUGAAGCUUCAAUUUUGGACAAAACACAAAUUCUCGGAUUUUAAUCUAUCUUCAAUUUAACAAAACAAUAUCUAUUCGCAAAAUCGGAUGCUUUACUUUAGAGGCAGGGCUUGACAAGAGCGCCCGAUGGCCUAGGGGAAAGCAUGAAAUAUUGGGCCAGUGCCAUACCAUCGCAAAAGUUUGUCAUUUGCACUUGUUUAUCAAGGCCUUUAAAAUAUUCAAACAAACAAGACGUGAAACAGAUCGCGUAAUGUACGUUUUGUGUGCAUGUUCGCACAUCCAAUAUGUGCACCCUGAAAGUCGAAUCUCAAGGCUUCAGACUGCGCCCAAAUGCUGGGUUGACGUUAUCUAGCACUUGAAUGGAGAUAUUAACGCAAAAUGCCACGAUUGUCCUCGUAAGUGUAGUGUGUUUUGUGAACAAUUCAGAAAGAAAACGCAUGUGUUAGAGUAUAUUGUAUCCGAUGGCAUUACAAUGUAGAUGUACAUGUAUAACACUUAAAGUGACAGUACACCAAGUUAUCCAAAAUGAAAAUUUUGAAUGAAUAUUGAUAACUAGUCGAUAUUGAGUCGAACUAAAGCUAAAAAAAAGAAUCGAAUUGAAUCGCCAAAUUGUGUCUCAAUACUAGCCCUAGUCGUUUGUGUAUUUUUAAUAUGUGCACAUUCAGAUCUAGUGCAUCAUAAUUCCUUUUAUGAUGUCUUUACAUAAACGUGAAUGGGAUUUGGAAGUAAGCUUUAAAAUGAGUUAAUUCAACUUUUAUUAUUUAUUAUUUUAUUAUUAUUUAUUAUUACUUUUAUUAAUAUUAGUUGAAACAACAUUUUUUAUUAUUUAACUAAUAUUUUAAGUUAGAUUAACUCCAACUCUAAUUUUGAAGGGACACUCCACUUUUUUUGAAAAUAUGCUCAUUUUCCAGCUCCCCUAUAGUUCAACGUUUGAUAUUUACCAUUUUGGAAUCCAUUUAGCUGAUCUCCGGGUCUGGCGGUACCACUUUUAGCAUAGCUUAGCAUUAUCCAUUAAAUCUGAUUAGACCAUUAGCAUCGUGCUCCAAAAUGACCAAAGAGUUUCGAGAUUUUUUCUUAUUAAAACUUGAAUCUUACAUCGUGUUACAUCGUGUACUAAGACAGACGGAAAAUUUAAAGUUGUGAUUUUCUAUAUGGCUAGGAACUAUACUCUCAUUCUGGCGUAAUAAUCAAGGACUUUGCUGCCGUAACAUGGCGCAAUGAUAAGGCAGUGGUAACUUACUUUUUUAAGUUGAACAAAAAAACAAAAAAAUUAUCAAGGAAUAUUUAGUUUCUUAAAAAGCUAUUGUAUUAAGCUGUAUGAACGGAUUUAUGACAAUUUCUUAAGCUUGUCAGCCCUCGGUCACCAUUGACUGUCAUUGUAUUUAAAACAGCAGUUGGAAAUUUCUGCUGAAAGUCUCUGAAAAUCAUGCAGGUUUGAAAACCAUAAAAGAGAGUAAAUGAUGACAGAAAUGUUUUAUUUUUGGUGUUGGGCGUGAACUAUUCCUUUACAUUUUCCUCUUUAUUAUAUGGUCUUUGAUUUGCCUGAUUCAAUUAAUGCUGCUUUUAAAGAAGGUAUAAAGAGUUUAUAUAAAAUACGCUUGUUUAUGAGAGCUUAAAAGUAUCCUUACAGAAAGUAAAAAACAAACUGAUGUCAUACGGUUCUGCUCCAAAGGUAAAAACUGCCACUUUCUGAAGCUUUUUAAACACAUUCACACUGUAGUUUAUUUUUGGCUAUCUGACCGCCAGGAAACAAUCUAUUUUUUGUUUCUUUUUGUUUCUUUUUUUAUCCAGAAUUUUUUCUGUCUAUGAGAGUGUUACUGCAGUGAACAAGAGUUUUUUGAAAAUGAUCAUUCCAGAAAAAGAAAACUGAACAGUGCCAAUUGAAGUGUAAAUAUAAAAUCCCGUUAAUUAUGUUACUUUUUAAUUUUUAUGGACAAAAAGUAUAUAUAUUGAAACAAAAUAUGCAUGAUUUUGUUACUUUGGCAUUUUAAAAAAUUAUAGUUUGAUCUCCUUAUGUUUUUCAUUUCAUUAACACGCUCCAAAAAUAUCUAAAGUCAAACACUGUGUACGUCUGUACAGUUAUUUCUUGACAGGUAUUUAUUGAAAAGAGUUUUGUUUGCAAAAACAAGUCAACCUAAACCCAGCACGAGCUCGAUUUACUCCUCUGCAAAUAAAAAGCGAGCAACCAUGAGAAAAAAGAGCAGUAACUCCGGUGUCGAUGCUGUAAAUAAUACAAUGCAGUGAGGUACACGUGUAACAAUGAAAAAAAUUGAAUCACCUUUUAAGAUGCAGGGCUGAUUGACAGAUGCAAGCUCCGCCCCCUCUCCAAUCUUUCUGUUUAGCUAUGAUGUACAACAAACCCAACUAAGGGCUGCAGGAUUGAUUUUACAGGAUGUCCACCAAAAAAGAAACAAAUAAUUACUUUAAGAGAACAAUAAUAGUAAAUAAAAUGAAUUAUGCAAAUGUU